CCUUGGAAGCACUGCCGAGAGCACAUCUGCCACCAAUUUCCCCAUAUGGACUGAGCUGUAAGGGAUAUUAACCGAGUGGCAAAAGCCCAUCGAAAAGGGGUUUUGCUUCCCAGCUUCUGCCAUGCCUGGUUUCCACCCCUCCUCAGUUCUGUGCUUCCACCUCCUCCUCCUGUUUUCAUGGGCUCCUCCUGUAAUCUGUGAAGAUGACGCUGUAGUGGUCACCAGCUAUGGUCCAAUCAAAGGCAAGCAUCUCCCAGCUGGCCCUGGCUCUGUGACUGCCUACCUGGGCAUCCCUUAUGCUGAGCCCCCCGUGGGGAAAUUACGUUUCCAGAAGCCUCACCCACAUCAGCCGUGGAGUCAGGUCUUGGAGGCCACGGACUUUGGCAAUGCUUGUAUCCAGUUUAUCAUUUCUAACACCUCUGAUGCACAAAUGUGGGCUCCCAAUCGGCCCCUCUCAGAAGACUGUCUCUUUCUCAAUGUCUGGGCGCCCCACCCACGGCCCUCUUCACCAGUGCCUGUCCUUGUCUGGAUACACGGAGGAGCAUUUUUUGCUGGCACGUCAUCCCUGGAUGUGUUGAAUGGGGCAGGCUUAGCCUCCCAGGAGAAGGUCAUUGUGGUCUCUACGAAUUAUCGCCUGGGGGCCCUGGGCUUCCUGUCAUUACCACCAGCUGCUCCAGGAAACAUGGGCCUCUUGGACCAGCAGCUGGCACUGAACUGGGUGAAGGAGAAUGCAGCUGCCUUUGGGGGAGACCCCUCUCAGGUGACUAUUUCCGGUAGCAGUGCUGGAGCAGCCUCUGUGGGUUUCCAUCUCCUCUCCCCAAGUAGCCAGCCCCUUUUUGCCCAAGCCAUCCUGCAGAGCGGAGAUCCUACUGCUGUCUGGGCUUGGAAGAGUCCUGAAGAGGCCCGGCAGAAAGCCCUCGCCCUCAGUCAGCUGCUGGGCUGUGCAGAAGGCAACGCCAGUGCUGUGGUGAGCUGCCUACAGGAGAAAGAUGCCAAGGAGCUUGCUCCCCAUGAGAUGUCAUUGUUUCAAAAUAGCAGCUUCUUUCUGGACUUUCCCUUUGUUCCAACAACAGAUGGGGACUUUCUACCGGAUGAUCCAGAAGAGCUUCUGCAGGAUGGGCACAUUCAGGUCAAACCCAUUCUCAUUGGCGUCACCUCUAAUGAAGCGUCUACCUUUGUGCCAUUUGUUUUCCCUGACACCAUUCACAACCAAAUGACUGAGGAACAAUUUCAGGAAGGAAUAAAGGGGAUACAGAUAAACGUGACUCAGGAAGUUGUUCAGGCUCUGACACUGAUGUACAGCAAAGAAGGCCCGGAGCCAGUACCAUAUCGCCAGGCUCUGGUGCGGUUUUUCAGUGAUUACUACAUUAUAUGCCCAGCAGCCGAAUUCACUAGUAAGUUGAGAGAAGCUGGGAGCCCUGUGUACUUCUAUGUCUUCAAACAUUAUACCUCUGGCUCUUUUUGGCCCGAGUGGUUCGGGGCACAUCAUGGUGCUGACCUCCCUUAUGUGUUUGGGACCCUUGAGUCAGUGUUGGACGUCAACCAAACAUACACGCAGGCCGAGGCAGCUCUGAGCAGACGCAUGAUGCGGUAUUGGGCAGAGUUCUCCAGGAGUGGGAGCCCAACGGGGUCAGGAGCCAGCGGGGAGGAAUGGUCGCUCUAUAACCCCACCCAGCAGAACCUCUUCUACCUUCGCACAGAGUCCUCCAACGUGACCGAGUUAUCCCCUUUCCAGCACUGUGACUCCCUCAAACAGCACGUGGGCAAGUCAAACACAUCUGGAGAAGCUUCUGAUUCAUCAGGCAAGGAGAACAGUGAUUAAAGAGGAUCCCCACAAAAGGUCAAGACACUUCAGAGGGCCUACCAAAAACCAGCUCUCCUGGAGAGAUGUCCAUGCUCCAUGAUGAGAAUCCACUGCCUGCAGAGGCACUGCGUGGUGUGAGAGAGAUUUAGGCUUUGCGUUCAUGAGCUUCUGAACUUUGCUGAAGUCAGGAUGC